AUGACGGAUAUUGGUCUCAUGGCCUACUAUCUUAGGAUUGAAGUAAAGCAAAUGAAGGAUUGCAUCUUUAUCUCACAAGCAAGAUAUGCGAAAGAAAUUCAAUAUGGAGGAUUGCAAGCCUGGCUCAUUAGUCGCUAUAUGGAGACACCUAGCAUGACCCAUAUGAAAGCUGCAAAGAGAAGUUUUUGCUACAUCAAAAGUACGUUUGAUUAUGACUUCGUCUAUUCAUCAUCUAAUGAAUUCAAACUAGUUGGAUAUAGUGACAGCGAUUGGGGCGGAGACAGUGAUGAUAGAAAGAGUACGACUGUUGUUAAAGCUGAAACAGAGAUGUCUAGGAAUUAUGACAACUGGGGGAGGUUGGUAGGAGCUGUACUGCAGCUAGAGCGGGAUCGGGAAGUGGCCCGAGCCAAUUCAAGAAGCACAAGCUCCAGUUCCAUUUCCAUAUCAUUGGAUAUUGAAGAUCUAUCCCUGAGUUUGCUAAGAGAAGAACAAAAUGUUGAAUAUGGAAGAAGGAAUUCAAGUAGCAGUUCUUUCAUAGCCUCCUCAAGUAUUAAAGAUCACCCCAUCUACCAAAAGCCGGCAAGAGAAUCAAAAUUCCGUACGGAAUUGCCGAGUGCAAAGAGGAUCUUGAAGUAUCUCAAGGAAAUUCAAAAGGAUCCUCCUGCCAAUAUCAGUGCUGGUCAUGUAGCCCGGGACUUGUACCAUUGGCAAGCUACUAUCUUUGGUCCUCUUGACAGUCCAUAUGCUGGAGGAGUUUUCCUACUUACCAUCCUUUUUCCACAGGAUUACCCUUGGAAGCCACCUAGGAUUGCUUUUAGAACAAAAGUUUUCCACCCAAAUAUAAACAGUAACAGAACUAUAUGCCCUGCAAUGUUUGAGAAUUACAGUGCUGCCGUAACUGUUCCCAAGGUGUUACUUAUUAUUUCUGCAUUGUUGGCGGAUCCAGUCAUUGAUGAUCCUUUGGUGCCUGAGAUUGCUUACAUUUACAUUAUGGACAAGAAGAAGUAUGAAGCCAUUGCAAGGAGUUGGACUCGGAAGUACGCCAUGGAGUAG